GGGCUCUGGCUGUGCCUGGGCAUUGGCAUGAGCCUAAGCCAAAGCCUGGCCAGCGCUGGGGAGCUUAAGAUAACCUUUUGGAUCGAGCCAGUCCAGCGAUCAGAGUUUGAAGCAGAUAUUGCGAUUGUCCUGAAGGAACUGGAUGCACUGCAGCUGGAUGUGACCAUAAGCGAUUCGGUGGUGCAGCUCACGCGCACCGACGAGCAGCAGGACAUGGACAGCUUUUGCGAGAUUCUGAGCAGCAUGGGCAGCUCCGUGAUCGUGGAUCUUAGCUACAGCCGCUGGUCAGAGGGCUAUGAGCUGGCGCGCAUGCAUGGCAUUGCGUAUGUGCGUCUGGAGCGGGUAAUGCGUCCCUUUCUGGACAUGUUUGGCGAUUUUAUGCGGCAGAAGCGUGCGAACAAUGUGGCCAUGAUCUUUCAAAAUGCUCGCGACACGAUGGAGGCUAUGAAACAGCUAAUGGCUGGCUAUCCCUUUCGCACUCUCAUCCUGGAUGCCAGCGACACACAGUCGGAGGAUUUCGUCACGCGUAUCACUUCGUUGCGACCGCCGCCCACCUACUAUGCAAUGUUCGCCCGUGGCUCCGCCAUGAAUGGUCUCUUCGAGCGCGUGGAUAUGGGCAAACUAUUCCAACGACCCACCGAAUGGCACUUGGUCUUUCUGGACACCAGGGAUCGCGUUUUCAAGUACAAGCGACAGGUGGAGCUUGCGACACGGUUUACACUGAACGCACGCGCCAUCUGCCGUUCAAUGCAGAUGCGAGAUCUUUACUGUGGAAGCGGAUUUACGCUACACCGUGGUCUGUUGCUGGAUGUGCUGCGGAGUCUCAUCUAUGCAGCGCAGAUCAGCCAGUCGUUUCCACAGCCUGUUUACCUGGAUUGCAAUGCCAGCGCCGAGGUAAACAGUGCAGAGGCCGCCAACAGCCUUUGGAUGGAGAAUGUGCACUGGAGUAACUUUGUGGGCUAUAUGCCGAGCAGCGAGACGCCGGAACAGGUGGCCGAAGAGGAGCCAGUGCCCAAUUUGAGCUUUGUGGCGAAUAUUUCGAUAGGCUACUAUUCCAGCGAACAUGAGGCCAAGACGGACCUGGCCGUUUGGGGAGCUGGCGAGCUGCGACUGCUCAACGAGACAAUUAGCCCAAGCCGGCGCUUCUUUCGUAUUGGCACCGCCGAGAGCCUGCCCUGGAGCUAUUAUCGUCGCAACCCGGCAACCGGCGAGCUGCUACGAACCAAAAACGGUGAUCCUAUCUGGGAGGGCUAUUGCAUCGAUUUUAUGGAACGGCUGGCAGAGAAGCUGAACUUUGGCUUCGAAAUUGUGGCACCCAAGCAGGGACACAUGGGUGAGCGCAACGAGCUGGGUGAGUGGGAUGGCGUCAUAGGCGACUUGGUCAGUGGCGAGACAGACUUUGCCAUCGCUGCACUCAAGAUGUACUCGGAGCGCGAGGAAGUGGUUGACUUCUUGCCGCCCUACUACGAGCAGACCGGCAUCUCCAUAGUUAUGCGCAAGCCGAUGCGACGCACCUCGCUCUUCAAGUUCAUGACGGUGCUGCGCCUGGAGGUAUGGCUAAGCAUUGUUGCCGCCCUGGUGGGCACGGCACUGAUGAUCUGGUUCAUGGACAAGUAUUCGCCGUACAGUUCGCGCAACAAUCGCGAUGCCUAUCCGUACGAGUGUCGGGAGUUUACGCUACGCGAGAGCUUUUGGUUUGCCUUGACCUCGUUCACGCCGCAAGGUGGCGGCGAGGCGCCCAAGGCGAUAUCGGGACGCCUGCUGGUUGCCGCCUACUGGCUAUUUGUGGUGCUCAUGCUGGCCACGUUCACGGCAAACUUGGCUGCGUUUCUUACUGUCGAGCGCAUGCAGACGCCGGUGCAGUCGCUGGAGCAGCUGGCGCGACAAUCACGCAUUAAUUACACUGUCGUCAAGGAUUCGGACACGCAUCACUAUUUCAUGAACAUGAAAUUCGCCGAAGAUACCUUAUAUCGUCUGUGGAAAGAGCUGGCACUGAAUGCAUCCCGCGACUUUCGCAAGUUCCGCAUUUGGGACUAUCCCAUUAAGGAACAGUUUGGGCACAUACUCCUGGCCAUUAAUAGCUCCAAGCCAGUCCACAAUGCGACCGAAGGUUUUGAAAAAGUGGACGCGCAUGGGAACGCGGACUAUGCGUUCAUACACGACUCCGCAGAGAUCAAGUACGAGGUCACCAGGAACUGCAAUCUAACGGAGGUUGGCGAAGUGUUCGCCGAGCAACCCUAUGCCGUCGCCGUGCAGCAGGGUAGCCAUUUGGGCGAUGAGCUAAGCUAUGCGAUUUUGGAGCUACAGAAGGACCGCUUCUUUGAGCAGCUCAAGGCAAAAUACUGGAACCUAUCGAAUGUACGCAACUGUCCCCUUUCCGAGGAUCAGGAGGGCAUUACCCUGGAGAGUUUGGGCGGCGUUUUCAUAGCCACCCUGCUUGGCCUAAUUCUGGCUAUGAUUACGCUGGCUUUUGAGGUGAUGUACUAUCAAAAGAAGCAAAACUCCUUGGCAUUGGUUACGCAGGUCAAGCCGCUGGACGUCAAUGACCCGUCCACCAAAAUUGCCUGGCUCGAUGCCAAGGGCAAUACUGCGGAUAGGGCAGUAAAAUCUAAAAAGCCGUCUAAACUGACGCCCCCGCCCUCAUUUGAGGCAGCCACAUUUCGAGGUAAAAAGCCACCAGGAACUAUUACGCUGGGUGUUGGCAAGUUCAAGCCCCGACUCCGUGAGCAUGGGCUACACUCGCGCCGUGAGCUUGCCACAACCUCAACGGAGCCCCACAUUGGUUAUAUGGAAUAAAGUAUCAUAUUUAACUGGAAUUAUCUAAACUAUUAUUAGCUUAAU